UAAAGCAUUAAAAUUCAAAUUUAUUGGUGAAAAUAUGGUUUUAAUCAUGGUAUAUUUUUGUUUUGUGUAAAGAUUGUUGUUCAUUGUUCGAGUAUUUUGUCAAAUAACAAGCUCACCCGUGCAUCAAUGUCGUGUUAAAAUAUGGAGGGUUUAACACAAAAUGAGAAAAUUAUUUGGGUAUGUUGGAAAGAAAAGUCUCCGAGAGAUGUGGUCAGGGAGGCAGCUGCAAAAGGAACUCAUAUUGAACUGGCGAUCACGUAUCUCAAGGAGAAAAAUGGAUGGAAUGAAUCUACUGCUAGAGAAUGGUUUCUGGCGGAGGUAAAAGCCUGGACAGUCCAACUGCUCCUAAGAAAACAGAUCUUCAAAGUUUUGCAUGUUCUGAACAAAGUCAAAAUAAAUCCUGAGUUGCAUCUAAUGAUACUCGCCCAGGACUCGGCUCAGAUAGAAUACAGAGACUUUAUUGUUGAGCAUCUAGAGAAACUUUCCAAAGACAUGAAUAGUGAGAUCAUAGACAAAUGGCUUGAUUUCAAAAGACAUUGGAACUUGCUAAGAUAUCUUGAGAAAUCAUUUGAGAUUGAUGGAACAUUCAAACAAAACAAAGUCUUUGGAACAGGGAAAGACAGAAUAGUGGUUAAUGAGAGCGAAAUCAAAGCUUUGACUAUUGAAAAGAUUCAGAAGUAUCCUCCAGAAUGGAAAAGUAAAAUUGCCACGGCAUUGUUUUUUAAUUCUUUUGAGUUCUCCUUAUUAGACUUCUCAGGAACAUUAGAAAUGUGGAACUAUUUGGUGGUGAAUAACAAAGCGAUGAUCUUAGUCCGCUGGAUAAAUGUACAGACCUCGGAAGUAGUUCGAGACAUGAACGCGCGUUACAUCUUCUUCAACAACGAGGGAUUUGUUAAAAAGUUACUCAAUGUGGACACCAAAGGCUUUGACACACACGUUCUAGAGAGCUUAGACGAAAUAUUUCGCAAAUGGCCCGUCACUAACGAAAUGGUAGAAAAUGUCGCUAAAAGUAAUUGCUUUGCUUACACACAACUAUGCAUUUACGACACUUUGUGCUCGUACGGUAUUGUGAAUGAAAGCGAGCGAAACAACUUGUUUCUAAUUAUAUCGAGAUUAUCACGCACGCAGAACUUGAAACUCAUUGACGACAUCUUCACUGAAUCAUGUUCCACUAUCAGUAGACAGCACUUCUACGUAGAGCUAGCUAAGUAUUGCGUCAAGAACAAGUUAUAUAAAGUACUCACCUUAUGUGUGGAGGGUAAUAUAUUAGAUACGGACUUGUCAGACGUGGAAAAGGAGGCGAAAGAUUGCAUAGAACUGUGGUUACUCUUCAAAAGCAUUGAACAAACUUCUGAUAGACAGAGCCAUGUGCUACCAGUUUAUAAAACGUGCGUUCAAAUAGCUAACGAAAACAUCGAUGACUAUGUUUCUUCUAACCCACAUUUAGUCCUAGGAAUGAUUCUACUUGAGGAUGCCAAAAAGUUAUUUGAUAUUUUCUCCAAAGAAGACUUUUUACAAUUUAAAGACUUUAAACUGCCAAAUAUGAUGUACAAGGACAAGCUUCCUCAUUUGUAUAACGUCUACAAAAAAUAUACAGACGACAAUCAAUCGUAUGAGUCUAGAGACGUGAAUGUGUAUCAGUUGUUGUCUGGUUACCGUGGUUUAGAUGUGUCCAAAAUAUUUGAAUUCCAACUGGUCAAUCAAAACACAAACAGCUUGCUUAACGAUAAGCCUGAUAGACGCAGCUUGGGAAGUCUCUUAUCAAGCGACGUAGAUGUUAAAGCUGCCAGUAUAAAGGCUUUAUCCCAAAGAGCUAUGGAGAUGCCCGAUUUUGCAGAUGAGAAAUUGAUGAAGAAGUAUGGCUAUGUGGCCAAGUUGAACCACGUGUAUUACUUGAAACAGUACCGACCUUGUAACGCAAGUCAGGCGUUUGUGUCGCAGCAGUAUCAGACAUACAAUCGUUUACAGGAUAAAAGUGUAAAGAGCGCGUGUUGUGAGGCCCAUGCAUUGGCCUUGCAGUACUGGCAUGACGGCGCCAUGACCGCUUGCACAGUGUCCUUCAUAGCAAUGAUAGGAUGCAAUCCUACUAGAUGUAGAGUACACAUUUCGGCGGCUAAAAUGAUAAAGAACCACUUAAUGGAAUAUAAAGGAUACUCUGAAGAAAAGGCAAAUAAAACAGUAAACGAAUACAUGUCAAAACUGAUACAGAGUAAUGACGAAGCUGCUAAAGAGAUGUUGCAGUUCAUGGAAGAAAUAACACUGAUCAGGAUAUCUGAGAAGCAGAAGGCGGAUGGGAAAGUGGAUAUGUCGUUGGUUCUGUACGAAUCCCAGACCAUGGUGAAGUUUGCUACGUUGCAUAAACUGCCGUUGCCUGAACUGCAAUUACGAGAGUUUGUUAAGACCAACUCCUGGUUUAACUUUCUGCUUUUUGGCGAUGUCUUCCGUUAUCCCUUGGCUCAGAUGCUGCAGUUGUCGCAAGAAUUCGAGAAGAAGUCGUAUGCUGAACAUUUGAAACACAUUAUGCUGCACCGUACCGUGGAUGAUAGUGCCGAAAAAGAAAAUAAGGUGCCGACUAGUAAUGGGCAGCGACGUGUAUCGAGACUGAACUCCGUAGACAUAGGUUCUGUUCUGAUACAGAGUCCUAGUCCGACGCAGGGGGGUAGCUUCGAGUUCCCCAACAGCGCGUACAUGGGACGCGAGUUAUGGGAGGUGGCGGCCGCGUGUCACGGGCCUGAGGACCCGCCAGCCGCCUUGCUGAGGGCCGCUGAUAUCUGCAGGGAACCCCUGCUCGUUCUUAUUGCGAGUUGUUAUGAGCCGAACGCCGUAGACGUAUUAUGGCUGCAAUGGAUUCUAUCGUCCUUGUCUCCGAGUUCCCGGUCUCAAGACGUGCUGCAACAGUUGUUGACACAACAGCACGUGGCCGCCGAACAGUUCCAGAAAGUGGCUGAACUAUGCCUCUUGGAGGGGUAUGUUACCACGCUGCAUGAAGCUAUGGUCAUAUUCAUGCCGGAAAGUCCCCUUACCUUAUUCACAUCAUUCCUCCACCGCUGCAUUCGUCACCACUACUUUGACGGGGAGACCACAAAGUUGCUGACUCGUUUCCUACAACAUGCUCAACGCAAAUACAGUGUUGGCGGCAGUGGGGCACCCUGGCAACUGUCUAAGGACGCCCUCCAAAAAGUUUCUGUAUCCCUGGUCAAGAUUGCACUGAGCCAUAACUUCGAUAGCGCUUUCCAUCAAAGAGAAUUCCUCAAGUGCUUGGCUGUUAAUCAGUUCGAAAAGGGAUUCACUGUACCUACGCCAAACUUUUCAACGUUAUACGAAAUACUAAAAAUAUCUAUGGAGACUUCAUUAGCGGUUAAUAUAUCCAAAAUGCUGCAAGAUGACUCCCAACAAUAUUUAGAAGAAUGUGUUCAAAUGUACACAGCGAACAGAAAUUAUGACGUGGCUUUGAAAAUUGCUAAGCUUUCUGGAGUGCCUGUCAAUGGGAUUUUAAUAGCAGAAUGGACCCAUAAGUAUGAAAACCUUCUCGAAAAAGAAGAAAUGCUUGAUGAUAAAGCUAUAACUCUCUUCAUAGCGGAGUGUAGCGAGGCCUUCAAAAAAGCUGCCGUGACAUUUAAAGACGCUACAGAUUUUCUUGUGUCCCACGUAAACAACAUCUCAGAUACGACACAAAAGUUCUAUUCGUACAGAAUCAUUAUGAACUGGUUCGAAGAAAAUUUGGAAUACGGAAGAAGGCGGGAAGAGAUCGAACACCUAAUGUGGGACGCAUACUUCAAAAGCGAGUCCCAAAACAGCAUAUUCCUAAACAGUUACCAAAGUACUUUGCAUUUCAUAAUCAAUGGACAGAAAGACGCGAAUAUCUCCAAAAAGAUUGGCAUGGCCAACGCUGAGAAACCGUUUUCUUUGAGACUAGAUGAAAUAGAAAUUGAAUCGGAUGUCAGUAAUAUAGAAAACGUGGUUAUUUUAGAGGAGCCUGAAGCUAUCGACAAUUGGAGGCGUGUUAUGAACCAGCUGCUUGAACUAAAACUCUUGGUUGAUGCAUUUCGGUUAUCAGCGUUGUUUAAGAAUCCACCGGAAUAUAGGUACAGGCCUCCAGCGUGUCCCGUGCAAAUUGUCAGGACUUGCUUGAAGCUGGCUGAGGGAACUUGUUCACCGUAUGAGUUACCGCAAGAGUUGAGACUCGUGAUAUCGUCCCCGGUUUUGCAAAAUAAACUGUCAAUAUCAGGUAUAUCAGAUGCAAGUUUCGAGGAGCUGGUGGUGAUACAAGGAGAAAAACAAGAGAAUGUGCCAGAGAGCGCUCAUUUGGCGGCACGCGAGGAAGCCGACCGGUUGUCUGCCCUCGACGCUCUAGCCGUCAGAAGUGGACUUACUGUUGCCAAACAGGUAGCCAGCUACUUUCGCAUAGCACUUCAAAUCGGGUGGGACUACACAUCAGUGUUAAAAUAUCAGAACCGCGCUGUUGAUUUUAUCAACCUUGUGAGUGGUAGAGCCAGGAUGUCUCUUGCUAAUCUUGUGUUCAAAACCUUUAACAUUCCUUCGAAGCAGGUCGCUGAAUAUCUCUGCAAAGAAAUAGUAGCAGCUAUCAUAUCUCCCCAUCUAGUAAAAACCUCAGCAUUUAGACAAAAAGAGCACUUCCAAUAUACUCUAUGGGGUUACGCUUUAAACGCGGACAUAGAAAUGUUCCUCAACAUGCGACCGGACGCUUGCAGUCACAUCGGCAAACUGAUUCUAGACCACCUUAUGGCCUUUCAGAAGAUAUACAAAUGUACUGGAACUUCCAAACCACCUGACAAUACUUUUGAUGACAGCCGGUUAGACGUUGAAACUUUGAUAGACGAAGAAUAUCAGAACGUAGAAGGUGAUGAGGCAGAAUCAGUGUUGACUGAAGAAGGAACAAUACUUUCAGCUGAAACUGAAUCUGUGUAUUCGGUAUCUACCGUGUAUACUGUGUACAGUAAUAAAAUGUCCAGGGAUUGUAGAAGGAACUUGUUCGAUGUGAUCAAUAAGAAUAAUGUCCAUAUUCGCUAUGAAGUCAAGUCUAAUAUUAGGAAGAUUACUAAAGGAGCGAAGUUGUCGACGAAACAGGUAAACAUAAUCUGCCUCGAGCUCCUAGUAGUGGCACACGAGUGUUUUGCCUGCGCCUGCGACACAGAAGGCGUGGCCACCACGCUGCGAUCCGCGCAGGCGCUGACGGCGCGGCUGCUGGCUGCGAGGUCGUGGAGACUCAUGGUGCGGCUGUUAACUGGGUUAGCGAGGUACACCGAGUGUGCUUAUGUGUUUCAGGCGUUACGCGACAACCAUCAAUUCGAGUUCCUCCUCGGUCAAUUCGACUACAUGCUAGGCCAACAAGUGGACAAGAUAGCUGAGUUCAAACAAGGACUUCUAGAUUUCCUCAAGACUCACUGUCCGGGAGAUACAGACACGUACAUUAUGGUGGCUUUGCAUUUCAACAUGUACGCGGAAGCGGCCAGUGUUAAGAGAAAACAGGCUAUGAAUCUGAUAGAUGAUUUGGAGAAAAUGGCGCUGGAUUCUGCAAAGGCGACAUCCAAAAAACCAUUCCAACCGCCGACCUGGCUCCAAAUACACGACAACGUGCCAACUCGCUCGCUGCUCGACACAGCUUUGAUCCACUGCACGGAUGCGGCAGAAUUGUACCUACAGGGCGGAUGUACCGGCAUCGCGGGGGAAAUGGCGGCGCUUGCGCAACAGAUAGCGUUGCAAAUAUCGUUGUUAAAUGCUUCGCCAACGAGGCUUAUAUUGAAUAGGAGUACUGAGCAGAUGUAUAGGCUUGUGAGUGAAUAUUUGAGUUUCAUGGAAGGUCUGGUAUUGCUGGCUGGUCGCGGCGGCGAGGCGUGGCGCGAGCUGGCGUACCGCCGUGCGUUGACCAACGACCAGGCUUACCUGCGGGAUAUGGCCACCUACCGACCAGAUGUGGCGCAUGACUUCUUGAAUAGAUAUAAAAUGGAGAGAAAUAAAACGACUGUAUCUCAAGCGGCCAUGACAGAGCUACGCAACCUUUGCAGAUGAUAUAAACUCAAGUGAUGUACCCCGAGACAUAAAGAUCUCAACUGUAUGUAUAAUGCUCAUUUGUAACUAGAACUAAGAAUCAAAUAUUAUACCAAAUAUCAUUAAUAAAAUGCUUAAAUGCGUAUUUUUUAUCUGUUAUACUUCAUUUUAAAGUUUAUUGAAAGAAAUGUAAUUUAAAUCGAUCGCUGUGAUAAUUGUUUGACUCGACUGAUGAAUUUAAGUGUAUUUUUGUAUCGUGUUUAAAAUGUGUAAUAAAUAUUGUAAUGCUUAUUUGUUACUUUAAUAUAUAAAAUAUGAAAUAACAAUUAUAUUGCCCACCAUGAUAUCACUUGUAUUCAUAGUUCAGCUUAAAAGUGCAUGCUUUAUAGAUUUUAAGUAAGACCUCUCUCGCUUUUUUUAAGACAACAUUUUUUCUAUAGCUUAUCACGUUAGUAUUUGACACUGUAAUAUCUAAAUAUUAUAUCGAUAAAUACGAAAUGGGUAAUAAAAAGAUAUCAUACUUAA